CUUGAUUCAGAAACAGAUAGACGCGGCCACCAGCUAAAUGUCAGACGAUUUUCUUAUGCGGAGGUUUUGAGAAUCACUGCUACUGCUAUUGUUCGUGGCGCUGUUUUAUAUGGUAAGUGUAAAAGGCCAGAUGGUUGUGUUAGAACAUUCGACAAAUUAUCAGCGCGUAGAGAGAAAGAUGUCAAUAAAGAAUAUAAAAAACAUAUAUCACAACUCAUCCGAUGA